UGUGCUUUGUUAUUUCUUCCUCUUUUGGUUUUCAUUAGAGAAGAGUUAGAUGUCUUUCGUCGAAAGAACUUGCCCAUUGAUCCUCCACGAAUAGCGACUGAGGAUCCAAAAGUAGUACUAGAGAAAGAAGAUAAUUCUACAACCUUAGAAAUCAAGAAAGACGAUACUAACUCUAAGUGCGUUUGGUUCACUGAUAUUUUCUUCAAUAAGCCAGAAAGAGGUGAAGAUUAUAGCAUAUUACAAGCACUUUUAAGUACUGAUAUGUUAAUUCUGUUUCUUGCUACGUUCUGUGGACUUGGAACGAGCCUUACUGCUGUCGAUAACUUGGGUCAAAUUGGUGAAUCUUUAGGAUAUCCAACAACAACCAUUAAAUCCUUUGUGUCACUUCUUAGUAUAUGGAAUUUUUUUGGGAGAAUUUUCUCAGGAUUUGUUUCUGAGACUCUUCUUGUUAAGUACAAAUUCCCUAGGCCACUUAUGAUGACAUUAGUCCUUUUGUUAUCCUGCAUUGGCCUUCUCCUUAUUGCGUUCCCCUUCCCCGGAUCAGUCUAUGUGGCGUCUGUGAUCAUCGGCUUCUCAUUUGGUGCACAGUUGCCUUUACUCUUCUCAAUUAUUUCUGAACUUUUUGGAUUGAAGUAUUACUCCACAUUGUUCAAUUGUGGACAAUUGGCUAGCCCUCUUGGCUCAUAUAUACUUAAUGUGAAAGUCACUGGACCACUUUAUGAUAGACAGGCGUUGAAGGAGCUCGCCAAAAAGGGAUUGACUAGAUCAUCUGUUAAAGAGUUGACUUGUAUUGGUAACCAAUGUUAUCGACAGGCUUUUGUAAUCUUGGCUAGUGUCGCGUUUUUUGGCGCUCUAGCCUCGAUGACUUUGGUUGCAAGAACUAGGAAUUUUUACAAGGGUGAUAUAUACAAGAAGUUCAGAGAGCAAGCAGAGGCAACUGAGGCAGAAAUGGCUUCAACAAACAUCAAUAGGAUACACUAAGAACAUUACAGAAUUUAAGUUGUAUUUAUUUUGAAGAAACAAACUUUAGGAUGCACCAGAUUAGGACCAAAACACAAUAGAAUUGUGGCCUAUUUUUUUUUUUUUCUAGAUCAUUUCUGUAUCCAUUAUGUAUCAAUUAAUCUUAUGAAAGGAAAAUGGUCUUUUGUCUAGCUAUC